AUGGGACGAUUGUCAACAGUUAUUGCAGAUACUCCUUACUACAGAGGAAAAACACAUUCGGCCCUCACCCAAGCAAAAGGACCUCUGAGCUCAAAAGUCUCUUGGGUUCAGGGAGCCACUGGAGGAAAGAUAUAUCGAUGGACCACAGAAAGAAAAGUUAAUUUAAACAUCGGCCAGGUAACCCACUCUUUUCUCAUGGUACCGGAAUGCCCCUACCCACUGCUGGGCAGAGACCUUCUGUCCAAAGUUGGGGCACAAAUUUACUUCUCAGAAAAUGGGGCCUCAGUUACUGACAAAACCGACCAGACUCUUCAAAUUCUAACUUUAAAGUUACAGGAUGAACAUAGGCUGUUUGAACUGCCCCCUCCCCGCUCAGGGCUGCCUGUCAAGGACAAAUGGCUCCGUGACUUCCCCCAAGCCUGGGCAGAAACCGCAGGUAUGGGGCUGGCAAGCAACCAGCCUCCUCUGGUAAUAGAGCUAAAACCAUCGGCCACUCCAGUUUUCAUAAGACAGUACCCCAUGAGCCGCGAGGCCCAAGAAGGAAUUAGGCCCCACAUUCAGAGACUUUUAACAUUGGGCAUCUUAAAGGCCUGCCAUUCCCCCUGGUAUACACCUCUUCUCCCGGUGAAGAAACCAGGCACAGGGGACUACAGACCAGUACAAGACUUAAGGGAAGUUAAUCGCCGCACUCUAGAUAUUCAUCCUAUGGUGCCCAACCCUUAAAAUCUCUUAAGUACCCUGCCUCCGACCCAUAUCUGAUAUUCAGUACUUGAUUUAAAAGAUGCUUUUUUCUGUCUGAGACUCAGCCCUCAGAGCCAGCCAUUGUUUGCCUUUGAAUGGAAGGAUCCCGACUCGGGAGUUUCUGGGCAGCUCACCUGGAUGAGACUACCCCAAGGAUUCAAGAAUUUGCCAACUUUAUUCGAUGAGGCCCUGCACCAGGAUCUGGCCAGCUUUUGCACCACCAAUCCAGAGGUAAUCCUACUCCAAUAUGUAGAUGACCUCCUGCUGGCCACAGAGACUGAGCAGGAAUGCCUCACAGGGACUCGAGCCCUGCUCACCAGAUUAGGUGAACUGGGCUACAGCAUCUGCAAGAAACAAGUAGCCUACCUGGGGUAUCUCUUGGAGGGUGGACAGAGAUGGUUAACAGACAGCCAGAAGCAGGUCGUGGCACAAAUUCCCCCUCCCAGAGGAGCACAAGAAGUCUGGGAGUUUUUAGGAACUGCAGGUUUCUGUAGGCUAUGGAUACCAGGUUUUGCUGAACUGGCGGCCCAUCUGUAUCCACUUACCAAAGCCAACAUUCCUUUCUCCUGGGGAGAGGAUCAACAACGGGCUUUUGACAAAAUAAAAGGGGCCCUCCUUUCAGCCCCUGCUUUGAGUCUCCCUGAUGUCACCAAACCAUUCACCUUAUAUGUAGAUGAGUACAAGGGGGUAGCAAAAGGGGUGCUGACUCAGAGAUUGGGACCCUGAAAAAAGCCAGUGGCUUACAUCUCCAAAAAAAUGGACAAUGUGGUGACAGGAUGGCCCCCUUGCCUCCGUAUGGUAGCAGCUGUAGCUAUCCUUGUUAAGGAUGCAGACAAAUUGACUCUGGGCCAACCGCUGACUAUAAUAGCACCUCAUGCUUUGGAAACUGUAAUUCAUCAACCCCCUGAUAGAUGGCUCUCAAAUGCCUGCAUAACCCACUACCAAUCACUAUUGCUCAACCCCGAACAUAUCACCUUUGGGAAUGAAACGUUGCUGAACCCCGCCACCUUGCUCCCCAAUUCGGAGCCCACUGUUUGGAUGCCUCAUGAUUGCCACCAGAUAUUGGCAGAAUACCAUGGAACCAGGGAAGAUUUGACUGAUUGCCGGCUUCCUGAUGCAUAUUAUACCUGGUUCACAGAUGGCAGCAGCUUCUUCAAAGAAGGUGAGCAAAAGGUGGGGGCAGCAGUGGUGGAUGGACAGAACACCAUAUGGGCACGGGCAUUGCCCCCAGGAACCUCUGCUCAAAAGGCAGAACUAAUAGCCCUUACUAAGGCUUUGGAGCUAGCAAAAGGAAAAAAAAUAAACAUAUAUACAGACAGCCGUUAUGCUUUUGCAAUGGCCCACGUCCAUGGAAAAAUUUAUAAAAAAAAGAGGACUAAUAUUGUAUGCAUAAUAAAUAAAUAUUUUAAAAAAAUAAAAAAUAAGACUAAAAUCCUGGCAUUAUUGAGGGCCCCUUUUCUACCCAAGAAGGUGAGCAUUAUUCAUUGCCCAGGACAUCAGAAGGGUGAUGAUCCUAUUGCCAGAGGAAAUCAGAUGGCAGAUGAGAUGGCUAAAAAGGCCGCACUUAACUCAGAAAUAUUACCCCUGGCAGAGAAACUUAAUGCAGACUUUGAUGAACAACAAAAGACUUGGAAAUACCAGGGCAAAACUGUGUUGCCCAAGAAAGAGGCUUUUGAAUUGGCUACUCAAAUGCAUCGAUGGACUCAUUUAGGACAUAAAAAGAUUAAAGCUCUUAUGAAAAAGACAGAUUUUUAUAUUCCAGGUCUUAACUCCCUCAUACAGCAAGUAACAUCAACCUGUGUUCCCUGCGCCAAGGUAAACACAAAAUGUCAAAGUGCCCCAGAGGGCAUAAGAAUAAGGGGAGACAGACCUGGUACUCAUUGGAAAGUAGACUUCACUAAAAUAAAACCAGGAAAAUAUGGUAAUAAAUAUCUCCUAGUUUUUAUAGACACCUUCUCUGGUUGGACAGAAGCUUUUCCCACCAAACGAGAAACAGCUCAAAUGGUGGUAAAAAAGAUACUAGAAGAUAUUUUUCCUCAGUUUGGCCUGCCCAAGGUAAUUGGGUCCGACAAUGGCCCAACCUUUGUCUCCCAGGUAAGUCAGGAUGUGGCCAAGACACUGGGGAUUAAUUGGAAAUUACAUUGUGCAUACAGACCCCAGAGUUCAGGACAGGUAGAAAGAAUGAAUAAAACCAUAAAGGAGACUUUAACUAAAUUGUCUUUGGAAUCGGGCGUUAGGGACUGGGUACAACUUCUUCCCCUAGCCCUGUUCUGGGUGCGAAAUACCCCAUCUCGGCUUGGACUUACCCACUAUGAGAUCCUAUAUGGGGGACCUCCCCCAUUGGCCUCUUUUGGGGCUCCUCCUGACCUUGCUACUCACAAACCCGAUUUGCAGGCGCGGUUAAAAGCACUUCAGAUCGUCCAGGCCCAGGUGUGGAGGCCCUUGGCUACUGCCUACCAGCCUGGCCAUCCGGAGAUCUCACACCCGUUCCAGGUUGGCUAUUCCAUGUACAUUCGGAGACACCAGUCCCAAAACCUUGAACCUCCUUGGAAGGGACCCUACACCAUGCUUCUUACGACACCUACGGCCCUCAAAGUGGAUGGUAUUGCAGUCUGGAUCCACACGUCUCACGCCAAGCCAGCACCUACACAGGACGACCCAGGACAUUCCAAAUGGAAGCUCCAGUGUAUCCAAAACCCUCUGAAACUAAAAUUAGUCAAGGAGGCUUGCUGA